CCCUGCUGCCUCUGCAGCCUUUCCUACAAUUGCUCAGCCUCAUUCGUGUCGACUGCCCAGAGUCCACGAACGUAGCCUUCCAAAAGCUCUCCAGCACAAGGAUAUAGGAUAUAUCACUAUCUAGGAAAAGAGAGGAAGAGAUAAAGGGUCUCCCUGUUGAAACAUGUCCCUCUAUAGCUUUGGAUUGGAGCCUCUGUCCUGUCACGCCUGGAACAAAGACCGGACACAAAUUGCAGUAAGUCCCAACAGCAAUGUUGUGCACAUUUACCAAAAGCAAGGAAAGGAAUGGACUAAGAUUCAUGAACUGACAGAACACAGUGGGCGAAUCACAGGGAUUGAUUGGGCCCCAGAGUCCAACCGUAUAGUGACAUGUGCCUCAGAUAGGAAUGCCUAUGUAUGGACCCUUAAGGAUGGGGUUUGGAAGCCAACGCUGGUGCUGGUUCGCAUUAAUCGAGCUGCCACGUGUGUCAAGUGGUCACCUCUUGAGAACAAGUUUGCUCUUGGAAGUGGGGCUAAACUUAUUUCAGUGUGCUACUUUGAAAAAGAGAAUGACUGGUGGCUGAGUAAGCAUAUCAAGAAACCCAUUAACUCCACUGUUCUGAGUCUAGACUGGCAUCCCAAUAACAUACUGCUGGCAGCUGGCUCAGCUGACCUGAACUGCAGAAUUUUUUCUGCAUAUAUCAAGGACAUUGAGGACAAGCCUGGACCGACACCCUGGGGAUCCAAAAUGCCCUUUGGAGAGGUGCUUUUGGAGUAUAAAGAGUGCGGUGGCUGGGUGCACAGUGUCUGUUUCUCUCCAUCUGGUGAUACUCUGGCCUGGGUUAGCCACAACAGCGCCAUCAGUGUAGCAGAUGCCACACAGGGAAAAGAGGUUACUCAGCUGACAACAGGACAUCUUCCAUUGCUGAGCGUGCUGUAUGUCAGUGAGGCUGAGAUUGUAGCUGCGGGCCACGACUGUUGCCCUUAUCAGUUCUCAUACAAGGGUCCUGGAUGCUUGGAGUUUGUGAAGAAAGUGGACAUCCCCAAGCAGAGCUCCAAGGGCAACAUGUCUGCCAUGCAGCAUUUCCGUAAUCUGGACAAAAAAGCGACUACUGAGGAGGAAGAAACUGGGUUGGGCAGUCUGCACCAGAACAGCAUCACUCAGCUAUGUAUUCUGGAAGGGCCGAAAGCCAAGGUGGAGAAAUUCAGCAGUGUGGGCUUAGAUGGUGCCAUGGUUGUCUGGGAUUUUAAGCACUGAAACACCAUGGGAUCUGGAAAGAGCAGAAAACAGUAAUAAUCGGGGACCAUCUUUUUAAGUUUGUUUGUUUUCUCAGACACUUUUUAGCCUUUAAGUUACACUUAAACGUGAUUAAAGCCUGUUGAUUUUAUUAUGAUGUACUGUGGUGGGAUGGCCGAUCCCAAACGUAUUGUAUGCAAUAGUGUUUAUAAUUCAAAUCAUUUUCAUGCAGUAUUAAUUCAUCUUAACAGGGAAUGUUUGAAAGUACAUAGUUGAUUCCGAAAAAAGCAAAUGAUUAUUUAGCACCAAAAAGAGAAUUAACCUUGUAUGCAAUGACUAUCAUAAAUGCAAAUUUUCUACUCCAAAUAUGCUGCUAAUGUAAUAAAAAUCUGUGCAUUUUUUCUUUCUUUCUCGAUUUGAUAAAACAAAGCAACAAAUUAAUAAACAAAUCAUUAUU